AUGCUUAUCCCGGAACAGGGAGCCCCGGAGAAGGUUCUUCUGGCCGGCGUCGAGGCCCUCACGUUCACUCGUGGGCGCCUGACAACGAGCCGGCGGACCAGACCAAUCGCUCAGCUGAUCUGCGACGGAGGCGGCGGGAGCGCGGGGUGCCCGAAAGACCCCCGCUGGCAGUUCCAGACCGCCUUGUGCAAGAAUCAAGGGACGGGAGACGACGGCCAGCCGCAGUGGGAGUGCAGCGCCGACCUUCCGGCCGAUGGAGCCCUCGGCGCCGUGACGGUAUCAUGCGAAGGCUUCGACAGCCCCAGCGACCCCUACGUGCUAGUGGGGUCCUGCUCCCUCACCUACUCGCUCGACGCCGUUGGUCCGUGGUUCGGCGGGGGCAAAUCGUCGGGCCUGAACCUCGGCAACGUGGUCUUCUUCGUAAUAUUUGGGUCUUUUGCGAUAAGGAUCCUGCGGGCGUGGGGCAAGCCGUCUCGACCACCCCCGCCGGCCUACGCGGACCCCGCAUCGCCGGACGGCGGCGACAGCAGCCAACCCCUGAACACUACAUCCGAUCCGGCCUUUCUCGUGACGGGAGAACCGGUUCUCGCGACAGCCGUACCGGUGGACGAGCUCAACCACGACGUCGAGAACAACAACGCCUCGUGUUCCCCCUCCGCGCCCCCGAAAGAUCAACGGAAGAAAAAGACCGGCAGCGAGGCAGGUUGCGCCGCCCCCGCCGCCGCCGCCGCCGCCGCCGGCGGCGGCGGGGGCGCCGUGGGCAUCCCGAUGGCCGAGGCGGUGCAGAUGGAAGCGGGGGUGGCGGGGGCGGAGAGCGGGGGCGGGGCGACGGCGCGAUUCCCGCCGCGGCGGAUCGAUGACAUGGCGUUGCCUCAGGGUUGGGAGGUAAGAGUCGACCAAGCGAGCGGAGAGCGCUACUUCGUCAACCACAACAACAGAACGACCACAUGGAACGACCCGCGGGAGGCCGAGUGGAGACUGUACCAGCAGGACGUUUUCGGCAAUAAUGAGCAGCAACACAUGGGUGGCCGUUUCCCAAGGAGAGGGGGUCCGAGGCCACGGCUGAUUCACCCAGGCGCUGGCUUCGCGAGGCCCUUUGGCUUCGGCGGGCUAACUGGCUUUGCUCUGGGUAGGGGGCUUCGAGGGUUUGGUGGCGGCCGUCUUUUCCGACCGAUGGGACCGGGCAUGGGAGGCGGUUUCGGACGGAUGGGCGGGGGAGGCUUUCGUGGCGGAGGAGGAGGCUUCCGUGGGGGCGGGGGCGGGGGAGGGGGCGGCGGGGGCGGGGGGAUGCGGUCCUCCUUCGGAGGCACAGCGAACCGUUAGUUUGUCUCGUCAGCUGGGUGGUGGCGCCUCAUACCUUUUGGCGUCAGGAGAGGGAAAGAUGGGUGCUGCGGCCGAUGCAUCUUGCGGCCCAACCUUGGCCUCUCGGGGUGUCGUCAGGGUUCUACAUAUUGGGCUUCGCUCCCCGCCGCUCUUUCGAUCGACGUACGCGCAUAUGCGUGCGACAGUCGGAAUUGAGGCAAACUCUGCGUUUAUCGUUGUGAAUAUGAGCUGUAGGGUUGUUGCAUUCGAAGGCCGGGAUUUUUGUUUUUUCCUCGCGAAUUUUCUCUCGCGUGUGCUCGGACAUCCUUGCGUCGUCCUGUUCAACCACGCUCCGGUCUUGCUGUUUUUGAGACUUCGCCUGCUGUCUGCGAAAGGCGCAAGUGCAAACGGAGCACUCGCCGGCUCACGGCGGUAUCCAUCUUCUCGUGCGCCCAGCCCCCUUGAUUCGAUCGUGAUAACCGCGUACAUUAGUGUAUUAAAAGCGGCUUGGAAUUGAGUUAUGUUCUCGGGUGCGCUUUUUUCGUUGGCCCUGUGCUUCGCCUGUGUACAUAAUGUUACUUCGUCUACGUCCACUUUUUUUAGACCGGGUGCAGCGGUCCACGGAGGUAGUUUUGAUAGGGGGACACGCAGAUGGGAUUCCUAUGCAGGGUAUUUUGUUGAAGUCGAGAUCGGAUUGCUGUGUAGGGAAUAUUGUUGAAGUCGGUCUUGAGCGAAAUGGUUUCAAGGAGUGGCAGCUAGCUGUAUGCCGGGUAGGAGAAUCACGUGUGGUGGGGUUUUGCUCCGUGCGGGCUCGAUGGCGGCCUUGUCGGUGUAGCAGCAGCACCUGACCGGGAGUCGGAAGUGGCUGAUGGUAUCGCGUUGACUACAGCAGUAUUUGCCGAUGUACAUAUGGGUGUAUACCGGAACGACCACAAUCAAUGC